AUGACGGCCGAGGACGACGAGAUCUUGAAAAUGAAAGAAAAACUGGCGGAAAUGGAACGCGAAGCGUCCUCGCUGCGAGAACAAGAGCAAGGGAUCGACGGGAAAGCUUUGGACGAAGAAAUGGCGAAACAUCACCAUUCCGACAAUAACGGUCAAGGACAGGGUGGAAAACCGCAAAAAACGCCGGAAGAGUUGGAGAAGGAGAAAGCCGAGCGACAAGAGAUUGACUCUCGGUCGGUGUUCGUCGGCCAAGUGGAUUACGGCGCGGAACCUGGGAUGCUGGCGGAACACUUUAAGAAGUGCGGGACGGUGAACCGGGUGACUAUUUUAACCGAUAAGUUUGAAAAUCCAAAAGGGUUCGCGUACGUUGAGUUUUUGGAAAAGGACGCGGUGGAUGCGGCGGUGUUGCUGGAUGGGACCGGGUUGGAGGAGUUCCCGCAGAGGAAGUUGAAAGUGAGCGCGAAGAGAACGAACGUGCCGGGGAUGAAGGCUGGCGGGAGAGGCCGGGGAAGAGGGGGAGGACGAUUCGGUGGGUUUCCCGGCGGAAUGAUGAUGGUUCCGAUGAUGAUGCCAUACGGAAGAGGGAGAGGCAGAGGUGGCAGAGGUGGCAGAGGUGGUGGGCGCGGAAGAGGUGGUGGUGGUGCUCCCGGAUCGUCGCCGUAUUAG